AUUUCUUUUGAUAUUGUUUUUGCUAACCAACCACCAAUUUUCUACUCUGGUCAAUCAGUGAGCGGAACUGUCAUAGUAAACUUGAGAGAUGCUAUGAAAAUGAGAGGCAUUAGGGCCCGAAUCCACGGACGAGCUUACAGCCAUGUUGAAGUACAACAAACACGUGAAUAUGAUGAUGGACAAGGAGGAACUCGAACUGAAUCUUAUACAGAGUAUUAUCGUGAAUAUGAGACUUAUCUUGACCAUCAGGUCACUAUUUUUGGCAAAGAUCGACAUGGUCAAAAUCCAGUAUUGCCUGCCGGACAGCAUGCAUUCAAUUUUAGCUUUGUCUUGCCUCCACAUCUUAAAAUGCCAUCAUCGGUAGAGCUUGGCCAUUGCAAUAUUCGCUAUAUGAUUGUCGGAACAAUUGAUAAACCAUGGAAAUUUGACCAUAUCGCCAAGAGAGCUUUCACGUUAUUGGAAUCUAUCGAUUGCAAUGACCCCUCAUUGAGCCAAAGACCGUUUCCGCUCCAAAAUGAAAAAUUUCUAUGUUGUCUUUGCUGUCAAUCUGGCCCACUAAAAGUUACGGCUAAUAUUGAUCGUUGUGGCUACUGCCCAGGGGAAGGGAUUUUACUUAAUGCUGAAUGUGAGAAUUUAACCAACAGGGCCAUGAGAGGAAUAAGAGCCAAAUUGGUUCGCCUUGUGAAAUGGAAAGCUCGAGGGUACAAUGAUCACAGGAGCUCCGAUUACUUUGAGAUUAAAUCACCAGGAGAGAUUGCGGAGGGCCAGUCAUUUAGUUGGAGUAAUCAGCUAAUUCAAAUUCCAGCUGUCACUCCAACAAUUACCUCCUGUGGAUUAAUAUCAAUCAAGUACGAAUUUCAGAUUGCUGUUAUUGUUCCUGGCGGGAUUAAUUUGAAUCUUGUAUUUCCAAUAACUAUUGGAACGAUUCCUCUAAGACCUUCAGGAAUGGCAGGUAUGUCAAUA